CAUCUACAUUACAAGGAUUUGUGUUUAGCUUUUCUAUUGUUAACAUUCUACAACAAAGUAACCACAGAGAGACGAGAGAAAGAAGAGAUUAUGUCUCGCCCUCUGUACCUCCUCAUUCUACUUUCUCUGCUUCCAGUUGUGGUACCUCUGUUUUGCUACACAUGUGUGUUUCCUGCCAUUUCCCCGCUCAACUGCAUCCGGUACCCUCAGAAGUGUCCCCCAGCCCACCAGUGUCUGUCAAGCAGAGCUGUAGGACAGCGAGGAGACAUCAAGGUUGUACUGUAUGAGAAGAGCUGCAUCCUCUCAGCAUUAUGUGGUCUUACGGGAGAGAAAUAUGCUAUGGGUCUGAACUUCACCUUCACAAAUGAAUGCUGUGAUACUCACCUGUGUAAUGCAGCCCCAGCCACCAGCAGAGGGCCCCUCUGGGCAGGCACAGUGCUCUCUCUUCUCAUGCUCCUACAGUGAUC